AUGACCAGGCCGCAAAUCUUGGUGGGAAUGGCUCUGGUGGCAUGCAUUCCUCACAGCGUGGAGGCCAUGCCGGCUUCCUUCAUUACUCAUGCUACUGGCCUUCACAAACCACACAACUUGCAUCGACAUUUCGGAGGACAAUGCCGCUCGGAUGCAGUAUGUAAACCGAUCCGGAGCCCAAGCAGCUUGAAGCUGCAAUCUAGUGGCGCAGCAGGAGGAGAUGCACAACGAAACAUCAGACAGGAACCGUUGUCGAGCUCACGGUUUCAAUCUUUGAUGCAAAGGGGGAUUCAGAUCUCAUUAGGAGCGGCUCUGAUAUUUGCUUUCGAGAGGAGCAUAUUUUUGUUGGGCAGGUAUUUAGGGCAAAGAAUCCCCUCGGCCCCAGUUGGAAUGCUACUCGUUUUCCUUAUUCUCCUAUCAAUCCAUGCAUUCAAUCCCGAUGCUUCGCAUAGAUUGACACAAUGGUUCGAGCCUUCUCUUCUCUUCUACAACAAAGGAGUGCCCCUGUUCUUCUCUCCUCCUCUUGUUCAGCUGCCUCUCUCUCUGGGAGCCAUCCCCUUCCUGAGCUCCGCAAAGCUCCUUCUGGUCAUUUUGUCCGGAACUGUUGUCUCGAUGAUCUUGACAGGUUUGGCAACGAAUUUUCUGGUUUCAAACAGCCCACACGAAGAGAGGCCCAAGGUUGUUUUGGAUCCAGACGAUAAAGAAACGCUCAUCCAGCCGCUCGAAAAAGUAGCUCCAAAGACCUCUCCAGUCUUGAAAGCUGCAAUGGUCAUGACUGUUGUCAGUGCAAUCAUUCAGAGCGACUUCUUGUUCUUAAUUUCGUUCAGUAUAGCAGCACUUCAGUUCGGAAAAACGUUCUCUCCAGAAAUCAGAACAUUCCUGCCUGCGAUUAUCACAUGCUCAGCUUUAACUUCUUCAAUGGUGUGCGCUCUUGGAUGGCUGCGACUGGAUGGAAAUUGGGUAGCUGCACUGCAGGCGUACAAGACCUCAAGUGGGGGAAUUCUCGGAGGCACCGGUGUUGGAGAUGUCACCUUUGCACUUGCAGCUCCUGCCAUUGUAGCCCUCGGCUUCCGACUUUAUGAGCAACGAUAUUUACUGAAGAGAAACAUCAUCCCCAUGCUCGGUGGAAGCGCAAUCACAGCAGUCCUCUCUGUUGCCUUCACUGCAUUGGCAAGCAAGCUGAUUCGCCUUCCAUCGGAGCUCGGUCUCAGCCUAGUGACUCGUUUUGUAACGCUUCCUAUGGCCGUUCCCAUCGUCGAAUCUGUUGGAGCGAACCUUGGCAUUGCUGCACUUGCAGUCUGUCUGCAGGGUAUUCUUGGAGCGACUUUUGGCACGAAGCUGCUUGAUCUUGUGGGAGUUCGCGAUACCAUCGCCAGAGGGGUGGCCAUGGGUGGAACCUCGCAUGCUCUAGGCACCGCAUCGGUUGCAUCUAGUGAGCCCAAGAUUUCGCCACCUUCUGCUGUUACGUUCCUACUAUCGGGCAGCUUUAUGGUGGCCUUCAUGCAAGUGACUUUCAUUAGAAACUUUGUCGUUGCGCUAUUUGCAUGA